AUGUCUCAAUCGGGUGUCUUCCUAUUUACUGUUGAAUGUUUGUUUCAAUCAACACCAGUUUUUGGCUUACCAAAGCAAACAUAUGAAGUUACACAACCGAACAAUCCUCAUCAUUUGCAAGUACUUGCACCAUCAAUUCUAUGGAUGAAAGAAAAUUUAAUAAAUAUUUCUGUAAAACAUUUACCGGCACACAUCGAAUAUAUUGCUUGGAUCGAUACUGAUAUUGAAUUUGAAGUAAGUUAUCAAAAAUUUGAUCUACUCGUCAUUCUUCAUGUCAAUUGA